GAUAAGCCAUUCGUCUUUCACUUGUGACUGUGUUACUGAGUGAGUAAACAGAAGAGUUUGCCUGCAUUUCUGAUAGGGCUGGACAGUAAAAGGCUGAUACGCAAUGAAGCUGACGAUUCCAGAAAGCUUUGAAGAUGUUGCUGUUGACUUUUCAAGGGACGAAUGGAAGAUGCUUAACAAAGAGGAAAAACUGCUACACCAGGAGGUGAUGGUGCAGAACUAUGAUCACAUGGUGUCAGUAGGCUACAAUAUCCCAAAUGCGCAACUGUUGUUUCUGCUUCAAAAACAUGAGAAACUUGAACCUGUUGUUAUGGAAGAAAUUAUUACCAGGCUUCAAAUGGAAAUUUCUGAAUUCUCCCCCAGCAUCAGCAGGUUGAAGAAAUGUAAUCAGACCCAGAAGGAUUCCACGAAUUCAAACAGCAAUAAAAGCUUAACAGAUAAAAAGACUUUUACAAGACCAGAGCCUUUUCAUACAGGAAACCAUCACCAUCAGUUCACAGAGUGUAACGUGAGUUUUAGUCAUGAGAGAGUGCUAAAACAUUGUCUACAAAUUCAUGAAGUAAAAAAAUACAAUAGUUUUGGUAACUGCAAAAAGAGUUUCAUGCCCUCACUUUCACACAGAGUGCAUUGUUGUGGUAAUACUACAGAGGGAAUUAGGAAUGGAACAUUUAGAAGAAUUAAAAAAGUUGAAAAGUGCAAGGAUAGUGUGGUAACAUACAUGAAAACUGGAAGAAAAUCCUACAAAUUAUCCACAGGUGGUAAGAGCUUAAUAGACACAAACAAAUCCUUUCAUCUCUCAAAUAUUCACACUAGAGAGUCAUCAUACAACUCUGCCACACAUGACAGGAGUCUUACAUGGACUGGUAACCUUGCAGUGGAUGAUAAUAUCCCUGGAGGUGAAAAGUCAGGUAAGUGUGUCAUAUGUGCCAGGUGUUUUACUUGGAAGGAUUGUCAAGCACUCCACAAGAAAACUCACACUAGAGAGAACUCACAUAAAAGUACAACCACUGAAAAGAGUUUUCCAUUGAAGAACAGCCUUCCAUUGCAUGAGAAAAUUAAUUCUGGGAAAAAGCCAUAUACAUGUACAACUUGUGACAUAAGCUUUACACUGAAGGACAGACUGGCACACCAUGAAAAAAAACAUACUGGAAAUGUAUUCUAUAAACGUGGCAUAUGUGGCAAGAGAUUUUCAAAGAGUGACAGAAUCAUCGUCUGUGAGAAAAUUCACACUGGGCAAAAGCAGUAUAAAUGUGAUACAUGUGGCAAGAGGUUUAAAACAAAAAGCAACCUGAAAAGCCACAAGAGGCGUCACACUGGAGACAAACCAUACUGUUGUACAACUUGUGGCAAGAGGUUUACAUGGAAGGGCAACCUUUCAGUCCAUGAGAAAAUCCAUAGUGGAGAUAAAUCUUUUAAAUGUGCUAUAUGCGGCAAGAGUUUUAUAGCAAAGGCUACUCUGUUAGCUCAUAUGAAAACACACACUGGAGAAAAGCCAUAUAAAUGUACAGUAUGUGGCAAGAGUUUUAGAUGGAAGAGUAGUAUUUCCGCCCAUGAAAAAUUUCACACUGGAAAUAAAUCUUAUAAAUGUGCUAUAUGUGGCAAGAGUUUUACCCAGAAAGGUGACCUUGCAGUGCAUGAGAAAAGACACAGUUCAGAGAAGCCAUAUACUUGUGCAAUUUGCAGCAAGAGUUUUACACUGAAGCGCAGCCUUCGAGCCCAUGAGAACAUCCACAAUGGAAAUAAGUCAUACAAAUGUGCUACAUGUGACAAGAGCUUUACACGGAAGGAUAACCUUGCAGUCCACGAGAAAAUUCAUACUCAGGAGAGGCCAUAUAAAUGUGCAACUUGUGACAAGAGUUUUACAUUUAAGGGUAGCCUUACUUACCACAUGAAAAUCCAUACAGCUAAAGCCCAUAAAUGUGUCACAGAUCAUUUAGAUUUCUUAACCGGGAAUAUUUUUGUUUGGCCACGGCACAACCAACAACGUGCAUCUGACGCAAACAAGAUACGACGGCUACCCGAUAGAACCGACUAUGUGAGCGUAGAAACGACAACAGCUGAUCGGGCUAUUGAAAAUACAAAUAACAUCACCUUGACUGAUUCGGAAGUACAGGCAGUCACAGCACCUAUUCAUAUGGCACCUUCUGAACUUUGCCGCAUGGAUGAUGAAAAUUUUCCUGUGUUAUCAGAAGCGGCAACAGGAGAUAGAGUGGCUCUUGAACAUGGACACAAUGAUACAGCAUCUGAUAAUAAUAACGCUGUGUCUGGGAAGGAUGAUAUAUCCAAGGGAGCUCGCCCCAAACAAACGCCAGAAGAUGAAUACAGCGUACUUAGUAAAGGAUUGACGUUUGUGCCAGGUAGAACAGGAGUGUUCAACGAGAUAGUAUUGGACAUUAUGCUGUAUUGUAGGAACCUAGCUUUGAAAUGUAUAUAUAACAACGAUAAUGUAGCAGUUAAUAAUACGCAACUUCGACGACCUAGUUGCUUUGUACCGCAGUUUACACCGGCUAUGCAUAUGUUUAUAGAUAGUUGUGAAAGAGAUUUAGAGGAAUACUUUAGAGCUAGUGGUCAUAGAAAGUAUUUCAAUUUGACUUUUACACAACAACAGGCGCUACAAGGGUUAAUGCAGAACAAUGAUUUGGUUAUCAAGAAUGCCGACAAGGGUGGGGCGGUCGUUGUAUUGGAUAGUAUCUUUUAUAAAAACAAAUUGCAGCAGAUGCUUUUGAAUGAUAAUGUAUAUGUGAGGAUUAAUCCAUUGGCUGUUAAGAUGAUUAUUGAGAGAGUGAAUAGGUGUCUGUAUGACUUGCAUGGGAAUCAGAAAAUCAACGAUGAGUUGUAUGAAUUUCUAAAAACUAGUAAACCAGUUACACCAUUGUUGAAAGCCUUACCCAAAGUGCAUAAAUCAUUGGAAGACCCACCCCUCAGACCUAUUGUUUCAGGGAGGGGAUGGGUGACCGAAAAUGCUUCCAUAUGGUUGGAAUGCACUUUGAAACCACUGCUGAAUAAGUUACCUAAUGUGCUUAAGGAUACUAAAUGUUUCCUACAGCUAGUGAAAGAAGCUGAUGGGAUGUAUCCCACUACAGAGCUAUUGCUUGUUACAUUAGAUAUAGAGAGCCUGUUUACAGUGAUCAAUAAUGACUAUGGGGUAGACGCCAUUGAGAGGUUAAUGCAAGAGAUGGGAGAAUCUACCGCCAAGAUAGAUCUAAUACCAGAGGCUUUUGAAGAUGUUGCUGUUGACUUUUCAAGUGAGGAAUGGAAAAUUCUGAGCAAAGAGGAGAAAAGGCUACACCGGGAAGUGAUGGUGCAGAACUUCGAUCAUAUGUUAUCAGUAGGGUAUAACAUACCAGUGGAACAGCUGUUGCUGCUAAUUGAGAAACCCAAUCAGCUUCCAUUUAAUAUUAUGGAAGGUGUAUCAAAGCUUCAGACUGAUCUUCCUGAAACAGCCCAAACCAGUGGACGAACAGGAAUGCAGACACAGAUGUACAGGACUGUCCUAAAUAAGGAUGCAUGGGUCCUUCUUAAAGAAGACAUUGCCACAAUGGUCAGAGCUGUAAAAGCAGGGGGGGCUCCUCCAGCACCCAUGAAUAAUAGCAAAGUUCCAGAAGGCUUUGAAGAUGUUUCUGUUGACUUUUCAAGAGACGAGUGGAAGAUGCUCAGUCAAGAGGAGAAACAGCUACACCGGGAGGUGAUGGUACAGAACUAUGAUCUCAUGGUGUCAUUAGGUAAGGAUAAUCCCAAAGGUACACAUGAAGUUAAUGGUACAAAGUAUAACCACAUGGUGUCAUUAGGUAAGAUAACUAAAUAUUUAGUUAACAGGUGUCUGAAUCGAAGUCAGAGUUGGAAUCGACAGUCAUUGUUUCAAAAUCGUCAGGGUUCUAAAUGUGACAAGGAUCCUCUUGAUAAAAUGCAAGAAUAUGUUGAACAGAAGCAGCAUAAAUGUUUUGUGUGUAAUAAGACAUUUUCAAGGAUUGCUUACCUUUCACUUCAUGAAAAAAUACACACCGGAGAGAAGCCAUUUAAAUGUGCCACAUGUGGCAAGAGCUUUACACAAAAGAGUACACUUUCAACACAUGAAAAAAUACAUGUGGGAGAAAAACCUUACAGAUGUGCUGUAUGUGAAAAGAGUUUUACAUUGAAGCAUACCCUUUUUUGUCAUGAAAAAGUGCACACUGGAGAAAAGCCAUAUAAAUGUUCCACAUGUGACAAAAGCUUUUCACAGAAGAGUACCCUUUCAAUGCAUGAGAAAAUACACACUGGAGAGAAGCCAUAUAAAUGUACCACAUGUGACAAGAGUUUUACAAGGAAAAGCUACCUUAUAGUGCAUAGUAAAUUGCACACUGGAGAUAAACCAUAUAAAUUUAUAUGCGACAAGAGUUUUCUACAGAAAACUGCUCUUUCAACACAUGAGAAAAUCCACACUGGGGAGAAGCCAUUUGUAUGCACCACAUGUCACAAACAUUUUACACAAAAGAGUACCCUUUCGGCACAUGAGAGAAUACACACAGGAGACAAGUUGUAUAAAUGUACAACAUGCGAGAAGACUUUUACAUUCAGGACCACCCUUUCAGCCCACAAGACAACACACACAGGAGAGAAGCCAUACAAAUGUGCUGUAUGUAACAAAUAUUUUAGACAGACGUCUACUCUUUCAACUCAUGAGAAAGUACAUACUGGAGAAAAACCUUUUAAAUGCGCCACAUGUGACAAGAGUUUUUCAUGUAGGAGUUCCCUUUCGUCACAUGAGAAAAUACAUAAGGGUUUGAAGCCACAUAAAUGUGUCACAUGUGGCAAGAGUUUCACUAAUAAGAGUGGCCUUUCAUUUCAUGAGAGAAUACACACUGGAGACAGGCGAUAUAAAUGUGAUUGGUGUGGCAAAAGUUUUAUACAGAAUAGCGCCCUUUUAACACAUCACAAAAUACACACUGGGGUAAAGCCAUUCAAAUGUGAGAUAUGUAACAAGUGUUUUACACAAAAGGUUUCUCUUCAGGUGCAUGAGAAAAUACACAGUAGGUGCCUGAACUACAAUGACAUUCAAAGACAAGAGUCAUCAUUACAGAAUAAUCAAAAAUCUAAACAUGCCAAGGACCUUCUUGGUAAAAUGCCAGCAUAUGUUAAACAUAAGCAAUGUAAGUGUUCCAAAUGUGAUAAGACAUUUAUAAGUAAUGCUCAUCUUUUAUCGCAUGAAAAAAUACAUACAGGAGAGAAGCCGUUUAAGUGUGCCACGUGUGAUAAGAGUUUUACACAGAAAAGUACACUUUCAACCCAUGAGAAAAUUCACACUGGAAAAAAAAUAUACAAAUGUGUAACUUGCGGCAAGAGUUUUACACUGAAAAGUACCCUUUCAAAUCAUGAGAAAAUACACACCGGGGAGAAGCCAUAUACAUGUGCCACAUGUUAUAAGUGUUUUAAAUUUAAGAGCACCCUUUCAAAUCAUGAGAAAAUACACACGGGAGAGAAACCAUAUAAAUGUGCCUCAUGUGACAAGCAUUUUAUCUAUAAGAGUAACCUUUCAAAACAUAUGAAAAUACACACAGGUGAGAAACCAUAUAAAUGUGCAGCAUGUGACAAGUUUUUUAGAUUUCAGAGUACCCUUUCAAAUCAUAAUAAAAUACACAUAGGAGAGAAACCAUAUAAGUGUGUCACAUGUGACAAGCAUUUUAAAUUUAAGCGUAACCUUUCAAAACACCUGAAAAUACACACUGGAGAGAAGCCAUUCACGUGUGCCACAUGUAAUAAGAGUUUUACACAGAAAAGUACACUUUCAACACAUGAGAAGAUACACACUGGAAAGAAGAUAUACAAGUGUGUCACAUGUGGCAAGAGUUUUACAUUGAGAAGUACCCUUUCAAAUCAUGAGAAAAUACAUACUGGAGAAAAAACAUAUAAAUGUACCACAUGUAACUGGAGUUUUAUACGAAAAAGUGCCCUUUCAACCCAUUUGAAAGUACACACUGGAGAAAAGCCAUUUAAGUGUGCCAAAUGUGGAAAGACUUUUUCAAGAAAGAAUCGACUUUCUGCACAUAAUAAACUACACACUGGAGAGACACCAGUGAUUAUUGAAAGGUAUGAAAAAGUUACAUGGACACGAGAAAGAAAAAGAGAUCUGGUUUGGUGCAGUAUUUAUGCAAAAGUGAAAGCCAAACUAAUCAGUACAAAAAAGGCAGCUCCAAAAAUAUUUGAAGAGAAAUAUAGGCAAAGACACCCAGAUAUGAAAAAUUUCACAGUACAAAAAAUAAGAUCGCAAAGGGGGAAUAUAGAGAAGAAAAUAAGUGAGGUGGAAGUUAAACAAAUACAAAUUGAAGUGAUGGACCAUCUGAGAAAUGAAGGGUUUAGUGUGGAAAGUGCAGCACUGGCAGUUUUGCAACGUGAUGGGCCAGUGGGUCCUCAGACAGAAGAGCAGCUGGAGGAGUGGGAUGCACCUAAAGACGAUUUGCCACAGGGCAAUGUUUUGAACCUUCCUGUAGGAGACUUGCAUGAAAGCCCAGUUGAAGUUGCACAACAAGGGAAAGAGCAGGAAACAGUUGCAAGUCUGACUGGAGGAACAACAAAUGAAGCAGGAUGCAUUGAAGAGGACAUGUCACAGGAAGAUGUUGUAGAACUUUCUGUAGAAGACUUGCAAAAAACAGAGAGCAAAGAAGAUGUUCUCAAUCCUAAAGAAAAUAAUUCAAGGGAAUAUCUGCUUGAUUCAUAGAAAUGGAUGGAUAGACAUGUUGACGUAGAUGAAGGAAGUAAAUAACAGAAAGUAAGUAAGAACACAAAUGUUAGAAGACUGGUAAAACAGAUGAACACA